AUAUAGAUCCUCCUUUAACCCCAAAACUCAUUCCUCUUACAUAAGAUUACCAUAUCAUUAGAAAGGCGACAUCACCAAAAAAAAAAUAACGUGACAAAGAUGUUUUACUAUGUGAUUCUCCCUUUAGCUCUUCUUGUCAUUGCUUACAAAUUCAUCUUCAGCUAUAGAACGCAGCGUUUCAACCUCCCUCCCUCUCCGCCUCACUCUCUCCCCAUUAUCGGCCACCACCGCCUCAUUAAACCUCCCGUCCACCGUAUCUUCCAUGGACUCGCCAAAACACACGGCUCAAUCUUCUACCUCCGAUUAGGUACCCGCCGUGCGGUUGUCAUCUCUUCCUCCGCACUCGCAAGAGAAUGCUUCACGGGUAACGACGUAGUUGUAUCGAACCGCCCUCGUUUCCUGACUUCCAAAUACAUCGCUUACAACUACACAACCAUUGCGACCACACCUUACGGUGACCACUGGCGUAACCUCCGCAAAAUAUGCUCCCUCGAAAUCGUCUCCUCAAAACGUCUCGCAAACUUUCUCCACAUCCGCAAAGAGGAAAUCCACCGCAUGCUCACGAGACUCUCACGUGACGCACUCAUCAGCAAAGAGGUCGAGGUCGAGUCCUUGUUUUACGAUCUAACGUUCAACAACAUCGUGAGGAUGGUUACGGGGAAGAUCUAUUACGGAGAAGAUGCUAGUGACAAAGCAGAAGCAGAUACGUUCAAGAAACUCAUUGCUUAUAUUACCAGUACUAGUGGCGCGAGGCACCCUGGUGAAUACUUGCCAUUCUUGAAAAUAUUCGGAAGGAGUUUUGAGAAGAAAGUGAAAGCUGUAGGAGAAGCCAUGGAUGCGAUCUUGCAGCGUCUGCUUGAUGAGUGUAGAGGAAAUAAAUACGGUAACACAAUGGUUAAUCACUUGCUCUCUUUGCAACAACAAGACCCAGAGUAUUACAGUGAGGUCAUCAUCAAAGGCCUAAUGCUGGGUAUCAUGUUUGCCGCAUCAGAAACAUCGGCCGUGACAAUAGAGUGGGCGAUGGCGAGUUUGUUGAAUCAUCCAAAGUUGUUGGAAAAGUUGAAACUAGAGAUUGACGAGAAAAUCGGACAAGACCGCUUGAUCGAGGAAACAGACAUUCCAAACCUGCCUUACCUCCAAAACGUAGUGUCAGAGACACUCAGGCUAUAUCCAGCAGCGCCGCUUCUUGUGCCAAGAUUAACAGUAGAGGACAUCAAGAUCGGAGGCUACGACGUGCCUCGUGAGACGAUGGUCAUGGUGAACGCGUGGAGUAUACACAGGGAUCCAGAACUGUGGACGGAACCAGAGAGGUUUAAUCCAGAUAGGUUUAACGGUGGAGGAGAAGGAGAAAAGGACGAUGUCCGUAUGCUGAUAACCUUUGGAAGUGGACGGAGAAUGUGUCCAGGCGCAGGAUUAGCGAACAAGAUUGUGACGUUGGCGUUAGGAUCUUUGAUUCAAUGCUUUGAUUGGGGAAGAGUCAAUGGCAAAAAGAUUGAUAUGACCGAGGGUCCAGAGAUGGCAAUGCGUAAGGUGGUGCCGUUACGAGCCAUGUGUCAGCUUCGACCCGUUAUGAAUAAGCUUCUUACCGAGUCAAAAAGUUUAGUUCUGCUUCAGUUUGUUUCUAUUGAAAAAAAAACUAUUAUGCGAAUAAAUUGUGUAGUUACACUUCGGUGCUUCUCUGCAACUAAAACUAUAUGUGUAAUGCGAAUAAAUUGAAAACCCUAGCAUUUUUCCUUUUACAUAAAUAUUACCAUGUUUUUAGAUUGGUUUUUGAGCUUAUUUGGAACAAACUAAAAAUGAACUUGAGCAUACAAGAAAGAAAGAUUCAACAUAUACCGGUAAAAGAAUGAACUUUUUUCUUUAGUAUAUAUGUAUGUAUGUUAAGAAGAUAUGUUAUUUAUUUUCAAAUAUAUAUAAAGUUUUUUGACAAAAAAUUAAAUUGAAAACUA